AUGCGGGUGCUCUGUGUGGCGGAAAAGAACUCCAUCGCCAAGGAGGUCGCCAACGUUCUAUCUGGUGGACGCGUCAGGCCUCGAAACAGCUUGUAUAAAUACGUCAAGAACUACGACUUCACGUAUAACUUUCCAGGUUUGGGCUCCUGUGAAGUCACCAUGACAGCCGUGGCGGGCCACGUGUUGAGCACGGAUUUCGGGCCUGAAUACGGAUGGGGCAAGUGCCCGCCAGGAAGGCUUUUUGACGCUCCGUUUUUGACAAAACCUCCUCCAGAUAGCGAUCAGAGAGCUGGAAUCCACAAGAAUAUCGUCAAGGAGGCUCGGGGCGCCGACAGACUCAUGAUCUGGACGGAUUGCGAUCGAGAAGGAGAGUAUAUUGGGUGGGAAAUCAUGAAAGUGGCGCUGGGAGCCAAUCGAAGGAUCACGUUGGAAACGACCUGGAGAGCACAGUUCUCCCACUUGGAGCCUUCUCAUGUAAUUCAGGCCGCCAGAAACCCGAAACUGUUGGACAUGCGGCUCGUGGAGGCCGUGGAAUGCCGUACGGAGUUCGAUCUCCGUGUGGGAACGCUGUUCACUCGUUUUCUCACCAAUAUCUACAAAAGCAAGAGGCUAGUGGGCGACAAGGAGGUGGUGUCGUACGGGACGUGUCAGUUUCCGACAUUGAGUUUUGUCGUGGACCGGUACAUUCGUGUACGGAAGUUCCGGCCUGAACCGUUCUGGUCGAUUGAGUUGAUUGUCACGAAAGACGGACAGAAGGUGAACUUUUCGUGGGCCAGGAACCAUCUUUUUGAUAAAAUGUUCGCGUACGUGCUAUAUGCUCAGCUUCUCGAGGGUCCUGAAAAACCUCGGAUCGUCGGUGUCAACACGAAACCAGCCUCCCACUAUAAACCGCUUCCGUUGACUACCGUGGACUUACAGAAAUGCUGCUCACGUUACUUCCGGAUGCUGGCCAAGGCGGCCCUAGAUGCUGCAGAACUGCUCUAUACAGCAGGUUUCAUCUCGUACCCACGUACCGAAACAGAUCGCUUUCCUGCCGAGCUUGAUCUUCAGAGCUACAUCUCAAAACAGACCCAAAGCCCGCUAUGGGGCUCCCAAGCUAUAAAUCUCGUUCAGGGCGCUUUUAGAGCUCCCAGAGGCGGCAAGCACGAUGAUAAAGCGCAUCCACCGAUUUAUCCAGUAAAAUUUGCAUCGCUAGACGUCUUGAGGCCUGAUCAGAAGAAGGUCUACGAGUUUGUGGUCCGCCGGUUUUUAGCAUGUUGUUCUGACGACGCCCGAGGCCUCCAAACCAAAAUUGAUCUCCAGUGGCGUCUGGAGCGCUUUACCGCUCUGGGGCUCCAAGUCACCGAGCGUAACUUCUUGGACGUAUACCCAUACUCAGACUGGAAAUCACUGGCACAACUUCCGGCGUUCACCGAAGGCCAGGAGGUCCAGCCUUCAAGUUGCAAGGUAAAAGAGGGAAAGACCAGUCCACCGAAUUACAUGACAGAAGCAGAGCUUAUUGCUCUUAUGGACGCUAACGGGAUCGGCACUGAUGCUACAAUUGCCGAUCAUGUCGAAAAGAUUAUCCAAAGAAACUACAUCACCCGAAGAAAAAUUGGAAAAACGGAGACAUUCAUCCCCACUUCGCUUGGAAUCUCGCUCAUUGAGGCGUUUGACGCUAUACUUAUCGAUAGAAUCUCCUUGCUGAAGCCGUUUUUGCGAAGGGCAAUGGAGGGAUUCUUGCAAAAGAUUUCGAGAGGAGAGAUCACGAAAGUGGGAGUUAUAUCUCAGCUUUUACCGCUCUACAAAGAGGCAUUCAUGGAGAGUAACCAGAAAGGGCACGUCAUUACCGAUACCUUUAUCAGAACCAACAGGGGAUUGUGA